UUUCUGCGUAGACGUCACGGCUGCUGCUCACUCUCCACCGUGGUGACGUCAACGGGAGCACGUGGGUUUGUUAUUGCAGGAAGUGAAGAUGGCGGCUCAGUCGUUGAUCUCCGAGUCUCUACUCGGAUGGUCUAUUUUCACCUUUAUACUUUUGGUAAUCCUGGCUUUCUGUUGGGUCUACAUUCGGAAAUUUCAAAGUCGUCAGGAGAGUGAAGUUGUUUCAACUAUCACAGCAAUAUGUGCACUGGCCAUUGCUUUGAUAACGUCUGCACUUCUACCAGUGGAUAUAUUUCUUGUUUCAUUCAUGAAGUAUCCCAAUGGUACCUAUAAGGAAUGGGCAGCAAACAAUGAGACGAGAGGGCAAAUUGAAGACACUGUGCUGUAUGGAUAUUACACACUUUACUCCAUCAUACUAUUCUGUGUCUUCUUAUGGAUCCCCUUUGUUUAUUUCUACUAUGAAGAAAGGGACGACGACAACGUGAACAAAUGCUUGCAAGUGAAAAACGCUCUGAAGUACACAGUUGGAUUUGCCAUUGUCUGCGUGGUGCUCCUUUUAAUUGGAGCCUUCGUUCCACUUGAUGCCCCACCUGGUCAGAAUUCCACUCAAUGGGAGAAAGUCCAAUACCUUUUUGAGGAGCUUGGAAGUAGUCAUGGUCUACCUGCGCUGUCUUUCUCCAUCAGCUCCUUGACCUUGAUUGGCAUGUUGGCAGUGAUCACUUACACGGCAUACGGUAUGUCUGUACUGCCUUUGAAUCUGAUAAAAGGCACACGGAGUGUGGUGUAUGAACGCCUGGAGAACACAGAGGACAUCGAUGAUGUUGAGCAUCAGAUUGAAAAGCUGAAAUCCAAGUGUAAAGAUGGACGUCCCCUUUCCUCAAGGGACAGACACAACCUGCAGGAGCUGGAGGGCAAACUGCAGGUCCUCCAGCGCAGGGGGAGACACCUGGAAAUUGCAGAAAGGAACUGCUGCACUAAAGUGGGCAGUGCUCUCAGACCUUUCAAGAUAGUGUUGGGCAUUUUCUUCAUCCUGGUUGCACUGCUGUUCACUGUUGCCCUGUUCAUUUCAAAUUUGGAUAAAGCUCUCCACUCUGCUGGCAUCAGCUCUGGGUUCAUAAUCUUUGGCACCAACCUAACCAAUCCUCUGAAUGAACUUCUAUUAGCCUUACAACCCGUUUUUCCAUUGGAUUAUAUCCUGAUCACAGUCAUCACCAUGUACUUCGUAGUCACAUCCAUGGCUGGUAUUCGCAACAUGGGCAUCUGGUUCUUUUGGAUAAGGCUGUACAAAAUAAGACCUAAGAGAACUCGCCCCCAAGCUCUGCUCUUCCUCUGUAUGAUUCUUCUCUUGAUUGUCCUUCACACCAGCUACAUGAUCUAUAGCCUAGCCCCACAAUAUGUCAUGUAUGGCAGCCAGAAAUAUCUUGUACAGAGUCAGAUGCCCUCAGCAGGUCCUACAUCUGGGAAUGCUACUUCUGGUACCACAAGGAUCUGUGAUGCUGACGCACCUGAGGACCAGUGCACUGUGACAAGAUCCUAUCUUUUCCUCCACAAGUUCUGGUUCUUCAGCACCAUCUACUACUUUGGUAACUGGGCCUUUAUUGGGGCUUUCCUCGUUGGUCUGGUGGUGUCCUGCUGCAGAGGGAAGAAGUCUGUGAUUGAAGGCGAGGUGGAGGCCGAUGACUCAGACCUAAGUGAUGAUGAAUAUGUGCACUGAAAAUCAGUAUUCGCUCGGAUGGGUUUGCAGAUAUUCCAACCAUAUAUAUAUAUAUAUAUAUAUAUAUAUAUAUAUAUAAGGGACUAGAAAGUACAAUUUCAUAAACAAACAAAUGGAUAUUAGUAAUUUGUCAUAAUUUACUUUAUUGGUUUUAAGGAGUUAUUGCAGUGGUGUCUUGUGGAUUCCAGCCUUGUUUUGAGUUGAAACAUCCCUCCCCUUAAUGAGACCGCUCAGACUGAUUAUUGUUUUUCUCAGUCAAUAUUAGUGAUGACUUUGGGAUUCUGGGAGCGUCCUCCAACUCAAUCCUACCUUGAGAAUUCACUUAUCAACAGUUUGAAACUGACACAAAUUGAUCAUUUUUCUACUGGAGGAGGCACACUUAUUGUGGCAGCAGAGACAGAGUGGUAUGCUGCUCCAAACCUUUAUGUCCAAGCUUCAUUUGGAGACAGAGGUUGAACAUAAACUUACUUUUUUACAUUCUACAUUCUAUAAGCACUUUCUAGACCCUUUAAAUGGUUGCUGUAUGACAAUAUCUAUAAUGGCUUUAAUAUACCUUUUAAGAUAACCUACUAUGAAAACAAUUGAGUCUACACAAACUGUUCUGCUUGCUUGUUUUCUGAAAAGCUCAUUGGUUUAAUAAGAAUUUAUUUUGCUUGUUUUUGUCUGAUGUAAAAUAGUGCUAGAGGGUUUGCUGCUUCCCCCUUACAUUUAAGUAUAUGCAGUCUCAGACUAUUGUUUAAGCGAACGGUACUGUACUUGCAUACCUGCUCUGUGUGUGAAAUGUAAAGGACCAGUUGCAGCUGUCGUGUUUUCAAGGUUUCAGUUAUUCUUGUUUUUUAAUGAAAUUAGUUCAACAGCUUUUUUCUCUGUGUUGGAAAAAAAUAGAGAGAUGGAUGUAAUUUUCUUUUCAUUAAGGAGUACUUCAUCAUCAGCAGGCUUGUGACAUAGAACUGUUAAUGGCUUUUUUCAGCUAUGUUUGAUUUCUUUUCAGUGUAUUUAGCAGUUAUCUAAACUACAAACUGUUGAUUUUAUUCACAAUUAACAAACUGACAGGGAACAUGAAUAUAAAUGAAUUUUUUUUUUAGGAAACCCAGUCUUUGUGCCUCAUGAAUGUAUAGUACCAUGAUGGGCACACACAACUGUAUAUGCUACCCUAAAUUAACCUCACAGAAAUCAGCCUGAAUCUCGCUAGUUUUGUUUUUGCUUUGAGAUAUUAGUGUGGUUACCUUCACUGAGAAUCAAUGGAGCCAGCAGCUGGAGAUGUGGAUACAGUAGAUGAUGAUGCCGGAUGCUGCAUCACAUGUAGUUUGAAAAGAAUGCUGUUGUGGAAGUUGUGUUAAUAUUUAAUGAUACCUGUAUUAAAAGAAAUACAACAAUUUUAAACACA